AUGCCAAUCAAGCUACGCCACCAGAAGCCCUUCUGGCUUGCUGCCAUCGAGCAGCCAAAGCAAUUCGACCUCUUCAUCAUCACCGAGCUGAUGGCCGCAAUAUUUAUCCUCGCUCUUUGCCUUGCUUAUGCCUUCACGAGAUCGAUCGCAAAUCACAAGUCACUUACCUAUCACAUUGCCAAUCUGAGCGGUGUCUAUUCUGUCUAUUGGUACUUUGCUUCCCUAGGACAAGAUCUCGCUGUUGGUCACGAGCGCGACAUCACCUGGCAUCAAUAUACCUCACUGGCGUUCGGGAUCGCGAUUGCUGUCAGUAUAAUCAUAGUCCCCACCGGCCCGCCUCUCUACCAGGACCUGUCGAAACUAUACACCAAAGCAGUCACCGAAAAGAUCCACGAGACUGGAAUUAACGAUCCCAAAAUCCCCAACGUCAAUGCAGAGGCAAAUGCUUCGAUUUUGAGCAAAGCCAUUUUCCAUUUCGUCUACCCAACCAUAGCCAAGACUUCGAAGAUGGAUCAAGCGGAUUUACAAGAUUUACCAGCUGCUCAUGCUUACUUCAGGACCCAGAAUGUUCUGCAUGAAUCGGUCGUCGUCAAUGACCAGAGUGGAGUGAGGCUGAGCAAGUACCCGACUCUCGGACUCCUCUGGACAGUGUGGCGUCCUGAGAGGGCAAGAAUCUCACACGUCCCAACAGUACUCCUCAUCGAAGUCAUCCUUGGACCGAUCUAUUACCUUCCUCACCUUUGUACGCAGCAAAUUUUGUGGCUCAUCGAUAACGGCUCCAUACGGUCUAAUCUCUACGCUUACGCCGGACUGUUCACUGCCUCAAGACUGUUAUUGUCCAUUCUCCAGUACAAAGCGUACAACUACUCCACACUCUAUGCGAGUCCGAGGAUCAAUUGUCAUUCGGCUUUUCUGCUAUACCAGAAACUGCUCACACGCAAUACAUAUGCCUCGCCCUCGCCUACCUUGGACAGCAAGAUCAAAUCUGUACACAAAAAGGCGGACAUCCUCAAUCUCAUCUCCUCUGACAGUUCGGCACUGGCCAGGCUAGGCUGGACAGUUGCACGAAUGAUAAAGUUUCAAGUGGAGAUGGUGAUCGGCUGUCUGUUUGUGUGGUACCUCCUUGGACCGUCCGGACUUUGGGGUCUUCUGACACUCUUAUUGACCUAUCCUCCGGCUUACUUUCUGACCAAGCUCCAAUAUCGAAUCUACGAAACACAGUUGGAGAUCAAGGAUGAGAAGGUGUCACUAAUGCAAGAAGCUAUACAAGCCAUCUCCAUGAUCAAGAUGACAGCGACCGAAAUCGUCUGGUACCGCCGCAUCAUGUCUGUUCGUGAGAGAGAAAUUGCAAAGAUCACUCAAGCCCGAUUGGUUGGCUAUCUCUCGGGAAUACUUUAUGAUAUCUCGCCGACAUUGGUUGUCUUGGUGGCAUUCGCUCAUUACACUCUAGUCGCUAAGAAGACUCUCACGGCUUCCAUUGCUUUCACCUCCAUUGGUGUCUUCGACGAGCUCCGCCCCGCUUUGGUUCAACUCCCUACAAAUAUUGCCGUUCUGCUACAGGAGAUUCUCUCGGCGAAGCGAAUCGCAACCUUUCUAGGCACGCAGGAUAUAGAGUACAUGCUUGAUUCGCCAGCAGAUGGUCAGCCAGUACCUCAAGCAAAGUCUCUGUUCGUUAGAGGCACCAUCACUUGGGAUGUCCCCGCAUCGACAGCACUUCAACCGGAUGCGGAUUCGUUAGCUCCUACGCCACCCUUUCAGCUACGCGACCUCGACGUGAAGUUUCCUCGAGGUGAAAUGACAUUGAUAGCUGGCAAGUUUGGCUCAGGAAAGACUCUGCUCUUGCUCUCGCUUCUGGGUGAAGUCAGACUUCUGAACGGCGAGAUCUCCUAUGCUGUCUCUCCCUUGAUGGAUCCUCUCAAUGAUGGGGAGCAAGAUUGGUCACUUGUGCUUGGAGGAGUCGCCUAUGUCCCUCGGACUGCAUGGCUGCAGAGUCAGAGUAUCAGAGACAAUAUUCUCUUCGGUUUGCCCAUGAAGGAAGAAAGAUACAAAGCAGUUGUGUUCGCUGUAGGUCUCUUGCCGGACCUCGCUCUGCUUGAUGAUGGAGAUCUGACCGAGAUUGGUGAACGGGGCAAAAUCCUUUCCGGCGGUCAGAAAGCUAGAGUAUCCCUCGCUCGAGCGAUCUACUCCAGAGCUUCGAUCCUGGUCCUUGACGAUAUCAUAUCAGCUGUGGACGCCCAAACCUCGAAACAUAUCAUUCAGGAAUGCUUCCAGUCUGAUUUGACAGCAGGUCGUACUAUCAUCUUGGCAUCCCAUGCAGUCGAGUCGAUUGCGCCACUGGCUGAGAAUGCGAUCUUCUUGCACGAAGGCAAGGCCAGCUGGCAAGGUACCGGUCCAGAGCUGCUCAAAUCAGAGCACAUGCUCCAUCUCAAGACCUCGGGAGCCGCUGAAGCCACUCCUGAAGAGACAAUCAUCGAUGAAACCACCUCGACCCUUUUCGGGACAUGUACCGAGUACGUUGUCAAGCCGCGUAAUGCAAAGACUCCAAAAGAACUAGUCAUCGAAGAGCAGCGAUCGAAAGGAAAUGUCGGCGUGGAACAUUGGUGGAAACUCAAGCGGGCAAAUGGAGGCAAUGUUUUCUGGACCAUGAUGACGGUUUUAUUGCUUGUCAGUGGUCUCGCCCCCGUGGCGGAACGAGGUGUCCUGGAACGGUGGACGAAUGGGGCGAAAAAUCUAAACGAGACGCACACGCUCGUGUUCUGGGUCUCCCUUUAUACCGCUCUCUCUUUGUCGAAAGUCCUCCUGGAGACUCUAUUCGGGCUAUUCCGCUUCUAUGGCGGAAUGCAUGCCCUGAGGAAGAUCCACUCAACGAUGCUCGACAAGAUGCUUCGAGCGAAAAUGACGUUCUUCUCUAAGACCAGAGCAGGAUCUAUCAUUCAGCGAUUCGGGACCGAUUUAUUUGACAUCACAUCGUGUUCUGAAUUAAUGGGAGAGACCGCUGAGAUCAUCCUCGGGAUCAUUAUCAGUACUGCCUCAAUUACACUUGCUGCCGGAUGGUCAUUCGCCGUGUCUAUCCUCCUGCUCUUUAUGAUUGUUUGGAAACCGAGCACAUGGUAUCGAUCCUCUUCCCGACAGAUCCGACGACUUCAAUCAGUCAUACCAGGACCUAUCAACGCGCACUAUGGUGAAUCCGUUGCCGGGGCAGCAGUCAUCCGCGCCUUCGGCGUUCAGUCCAUUUUCGUCAAUGAGCUGCUGCAAAUGCUAAAUAUGAAGAUCAACGUCAACGCUUGGAGUUGGUACAUUGGGAGAUGGCUCGCGAUCAACUUGCGCUUGAUGGACAUUGUUACCAUGUCCUCUGCCCUCGGUCUCAUUAUCACUUCGUCUGAUAUGACUGGUUCCAGGGCAGGUUUCAUUCUCAUUUUCGCGAGCGGCAUCACAUACAGCGUUCAGUGGAUCAUGAUGAAUCUUCGGUCAUUUGAGCUCCAUGGUGUCAGUCUGGAAAGAGUCGCGGAGUACGAGAAUUUGGACACCGAAGACAUCGACUCUCUGGAGCAGGAUGGAGAUUCUCGACCUGAGGAUUCUCGACCUGACGGGCAAUACGCCGGGGGAUCGGAGCUAGCAUAUUGGCCGGACGUCGGUGCCAUCCACAUAAAGGACCUCUGUGCGCGGUAUGGUGCCGACAUGCCGGACAUUCUGCACGAUGUCUCGUUCGAAGUUCGAGGAGGAGAACGGAUCGGUAUCUCAUUUUUCUCAUUCGUGGAUGUGCCCAAAGGCAAGAUCGAGAUCGACGGGAAGAACAUCUACGAUCUCCCAGUCGGUCUCGUGAGAUCACGAUUAGGUAUCAUUUCUCAAGAUCCGAUCUUGCUCAGUGGGACGCUGAGACUCAACCUGGACGUUUAUGGCCAAUUCACCGACGCUGAGCUGUACGGCGCUUUGCACAACGUCCAGCUUCUCAAAGAUUCUCCAGACCAGUCAGAAAUCUCCGAGACCUCUGACAGCAGCAGUGCGACGGCAGUCGAAAGUGAAGAAGAUCAACUGAAUAUUUUUGCCAACCUCAAUACGGAGAUCAAGUCAGGUGGAGAGAACCUCUCAGCCGGACAGAAACAGCUGGUCGUACUUGCUAGGCCCCUGCUUCAGCGACACAAAGUCUUGAUUCUGGACGAAGCUACUGCCAGCAUUGAUUCUGCCACGGAUGGUGAGAUCAGUCGCGUCGUUCACGAAGAAUUUCAAGGGGUGACGAUCCUGAUCAUCGCGCAUCGUCUGAGGACUAUUAUGCCUUGCUCCAAGGUCAUUGUUAUGGAUCAAGGUCGACUCAUCCAACAAGGUUCGCCCUUCGAGCUCAUAAAACAGUCUGGCAAGUUUCAAAGCCUUUGUCAAGCUGCCGGUCAAGAGGAAUACCGACAGUUGACCUCGCUCGCUGAAGAGUCAGCUGCUGCGCUGGACCUCUAGCUGACAAGCUGACAAGAGAAAACUAAGCUGAUUGGAUAU